AGAGACAGAGAGAGAGAGACAGAGAGAGAGGGAGAGAGAGAGAGACAGAGAGAGAGGGAGGGAGAGACAGAGAGAGAGAGGGAGAGAGGGGAACAUAACUCAUCGACCACAGAAGCAUCAGGUCUGAACUCGUCCUCAACUCGACUGAUCUGUGGACAUGUUCCGGUUCAGGAUGACCUCCUGUCUGUUGUCCCUCCUCCUCAUCAUGUCUUUGGUGUCCUCCAUCAUGGCUGCCGCAGAGCCUGCAGGCUGCAAAAUCCGCAUCACUGACAAAGGACUGGAGAUGCUGAAGUUUGAGACUCAGAGGUUUGUUGAAGAGGAGAUCAGUAACAUCAGUAUGCCGGAGAUGAGUGGCAAAGAGGGGCGGUUCCAGUACACCAUCACGGAUGUGAAGAUCACGGAGUUGAAUCUGACUCAUGCGGAUCUACGAUUCAUCCCUGAAGUUGGUUUGAUGUUCGAUGUUCAGAACUCGUCCAUCACAUUGAGUUUCCACCGACGGAUCCUGUACUGGUUCUUCUACGACACAGGAAACAUCAACGCUUCGGCCGAGGGCGUGAACAUCAACACGGCUCUGAAUCUGAUCCGAGACGAUGAAGGACGACUGAAGAUCAACAACAUCACCUGCGACGCCAGGAUCUCCAAAAUGAAAGCCAAGUUCAGCGGAACACUGGGGAAAGUUUAUGACUUCCUGGCAAGUUUUCUGACGACAGGCAUGCGCUUCAUCCUCAAUCAAAAGAUCUGUCCUGCUCUGGAUCAUGCUGCUCUGGUUCAUGUUAACUCGAUGCUGGAGACGAUCCCGGUGAAGACGGAGGUCGAUUGGUUUAUUGGAAUCGAUUAUUCUCUGAUCGAUGAUCCCUUGGUGACAUCCAGGAGCCUGGACAUGAACUUCAGGGGGAUGUUCUUCGAGCUGCGUGAUCCGAACGACACUUUGGUGAACACCGCCGUGGAGCCGAUCAUCAGAGACUACGACCGGAUGGUUUACCUCGCUCUCUCUGAGUUCUUCUUCGACAGCGGAAUGUUCGCCUACCACAAAGCAGAAGUCUUCCAGAUGCACAUAAUCAAUGAGAAGAUGCCUAAAGAUCUGGAGAUGUUGUUGAGAACCACUUACUUUGGAGUCAUCAUGAUGAUGAACCCGGCUCUGAUGGACGCUCCGAUGUCUCUUCAACUCGCCGUCAACGCGCCUCCAAAAACCACCAUCAAGACGUCAGGAGCCACGGUCCUCAUGACGGCUAUCGUGAAGGUGAUGGUGCUGCCUCCAGGUCAGCCUCCAGUGCAGCUCAGCAGCCUGACCAUGGAAACAAAGUUUAACGCCAAAGUUUCUGUAAAAGGAAAACGUCUGGCUGUUCACGCCGACCUCCGCAGGUUUAAAAUCUUCUCUAAUCAAUCAGCUCUGGAGUCUCUGGCUUUGAUUCCCCUGCAGGCUCCUCUAAAGACCAUGCUACAGAUGUCUGUGGUUCCUUUAAUCAACAACUGGACGAAGCGAGGCGUUCGGAUUCCUCUGGCUGAUGGGAUGGAUCUCAUAGAGGAGGUGGUUGAAUAUCACAAUGGCUUCAUAGUGAUCGGAGCGAAUCUUCACUUCAGCAAAGGCCUGAGAGAAAUGAUCUCAGGAAGCAAUGAGACGGAACCAGACGUCUAACACACACACACACACACACACACACACACACACACACACACACACACACACACACACACACACACACACACACACACACACACACACACACACACACACACACACACACACACACACACACACACACACACACACACACACACACACACACACACACACAGACACACAGUAUAUUAAUGUGUUUUCAACUUUCCACUGUGGCUUGUGAUGUAACCAUGGCCAUCAAUAACCACAGGAGCUGUUUUUCUGAAUGACACAUGUCGACCAGCAGGGGGGUCAGGUUAGUGUAACCAGUGCAACUAGGUUUAUACUGUAGUUAAUGAUAUUGAGUUGUAUUGAGUGAACUGUUAAACCAGUUAACGAGUUUCCACUGGACUUGAGUUAAACAUCAUCACACAACUUUGUUCUUUUAACAAAACCUUUGUGAUAAUAACCUGUUAAUAAACUGUAACCAUGGCAUCACAUCACUUGUAUUAGAUGAUAACCUGGUGAGUUAAAUGGAGCAAACGUUUUUUUAUUGAAAUAUUGAAAUGUCAUCAAAGUAUAAAAACUAUCAAAUUGAUUAAAUGAUCAAAAUCC